GACAAGUACGUUUCCUGUUUCCAACCCUAAACGUCAAAUUUGGUACAUGGAAAUCGACCGGAACCUAGAAAGUUCUAGAAUUUGAUAAAUUCUAUAAGAAGGAAUUCAGUCCUCGAUUCCAGAGAAUUCUGAGUGAAGCCUAUCGAAUCGAAUCAACAAUAAGAACCUCGCAUUAUAGUAUAUACUUAAAUCAAAUUAAGUAGCUAAUUUUAUAGAUUUUCCACGCACCCGUUAACAUAAUUCAACUUUGAAAUGGCAAAAUGGGGCGAAGGUGAUCCAAGGUGGAUUGUAGAGGAGAGGCCCGAUGCGACAAACGUAAACAACUGGCACUGGACGGAAAAGAACGCAGGACCAUGGUCUCAAGACAAAUUCAAGGAACUCUUCACUAACCUAGAAAUAAAAAGUGAAAUUGCUGAUUUUAAAGUGGAAGUAGAAAAAUGUGAAGGAGAGGCUUCUGCCAACAACAGGAAAGGAAGGUUAAUCUUCUUUUACGAAUGGGACAUAGUACUCAAAUGGAAGGGAUCUUCUAAAAGCGGAAAUAAAUAUUCUGGAACGUUCAAAGUACCUAAUGUAUCUGAAGAGAAUGACGUGAAGGAAUUUGAUAUAACUGUUUCCAUGAAAGAUGAGGAUGGUGAAGAGGCUUCUGAAAUCAAGAAAGUCCUUCAGAAAGACGGAGUGGCUGCAGUUAGAUCACAGUUGGGUAAAUACAUUACAGAAUUAAAAGAGGAAUUCACCAAAGGAAUGAUUCUUCCCAAAAAGGGAGAAGUCAAGCCGGAUAAUGUAGUCAAUCACAAGAGUGGUUUUAAUAAAACAAAAGUGAAUAUGCAGCCUGUAACAUCAGAAAAGAAAGAGCUGGGUGUGAAAAUUGAAGUCAAAACCAUCAAGGACACCCAGAAAUUCCAAUGCAAGGCUUCGGAAUUUUACGAUGCCAUGACUCGUAUAGAAAUGGUGACUGCGUUCACCCAUGGGCCAGUCAAAUUGGAAUUAUUCAAAAACGGCAAAUUCGAACUGUUUGGAGGGAAUAUAUCGGGGGAAUUCAUCGAACUCGAGCCGGCUAGGAAGAUUGUUCAAAAGUGGAGAUACAAGCAGUGGCCUUCGGGACAUUACUCGACGGUCACCCUCGAUAUAGACGAAAAGAGUGACCAUACUGAGGUAUCGUUGGUACAGACGGGAGUUCCAUCUGCGGAAGCUGAUAUAACUAGAGGUAACUGGCAAAGGUAUUAUUGGGAUUCCAUGAAGAAAACGUUUGGUUUCGGGUCUUUCAUUCAAUGAGCGAACGUAUAGUUUAGAUGGAGACGAUUUUUUUUUUAAUUCAGUGAAAUCUGUUUUGUACACAUCGUGCUGCUCCUGAUCGAGUCGUGUUUUAGGUAAUUUAUUUAUGAAUAUUACGGACGACCAGCUUCGAACAUUUAUUUUAUAUCUUCCUGCCUAAUGAAUAAAUUGAUUUUCGUUGA